AUGAUUCUGUUGUGGGUCACACUUCUUCUCCUUCAUCAAGGAUGUGCCUUGGUUCCAGUGAUCACAGUUCAUCUUGGUGAAGCAACAACAUUUACAUGUGAUUUACCAGAGGAUAAAUAUGGAAAUGGCGCACUUUUCUGGUACAGGCAAACUAUUGGAGACACUCUGGAACUAGUUGUAACAUCUGUGAGUUAUACAAACCCCACGUACGGACCACGCUAUUCUGACUCAAGAAUGAAAAUUUCACAUACUAAAAAAAUUAGCAACCUGACCAUUUUAAAAACAGUUCAAGAAGAUGAAGGAAUGUAUCACUGUGCUUUCACCGACUGGAGCCAAACUGUUUGGCAGGGCACCUACUUGUUAAUAAAAGGAAACACUGUGGGGACAUCAAACUACAGAGUUGUUCAGAGCUUGACGACUUCAGAUUCCCUGCGUGCAGAGGAAUAUGUGACUCUACAGUGUUCUGUCCUCUCAAACUUUGACAGGACAUGUUCAGGAGAUAGUAUGUUCUGGUUUAGAACAAAUACAUCUGACCCAGAAAUCAUCUUCAUUGAUGUGAACAAAACGGACAGAUGUCAGAAGAAAACAGAUUAUCAGACUAGAUGUGUAUAUAACUUCUCUAAGAACAUCAGCUCCUCUGAUGCUGGGACUUACUACUGUGCUGUGGCCGCAUGUGGAGAGAUUUUAUUUGGAAAUGGAACCAAGCUAGAAGCUGGUAUGAUUUUAUCAGAUGGUGAAUUUCCAGUACUAGUGAUAACUGUAUCCUGUUUGAUUAUUUCUCUGAUCAUAAAUAUUGUUUUCAUCUGUUUAAAAACGCCAAGAGCAGCAUGCAACCAAUCUAAAGAAGGCACCUCGUCACAAGAAAGAAGGAUGAACUUGAGCCAGCAAGAUGAUCAUACUAAUGAAGAUGGUUGGGAUCUGAACUAUGCAGCAUUACACUUCUCUGAUGGAAAAGCUAGAAGAGGAAAAAAAAUUAAUGUGACUGAGGACAGUGUGUAUUCCCAUAUUAAACAUUGA